UCCAUUGACGAUGGGGAUUAUUUUGGGAUUACGCUGUGAUUAUUAUAUGAGUUUAAUUCCGCUAGGAGGCGCUGAUGUUUUUAUCCACUGUGGUAAUAGCAGUGCGGGAAAUGCGCAUGCGCACAAACGCAACCCGAGACUUCACUGGAAGUCAAAUCUCUUCUGGUUUCACGCGCUGUAAAGCCGACAGCUCGAGCUCAAGCUCUGGUACCGAGUGUAUGUUUAAAUAAUUAUGCAGCUUUAAAUUUUCAUUAUUAAUUUAUUAAUCUGCGCGUGAGAGAGAGAGAGAGAGAGAGGACACGGACAAGGCGCGUGAAGGUGUGUGUUAGGUGUGUCAACAUGCUGUCGAGACUGCGUGUGAGUGUGUGGCCGUGUGUGAGUGUGUGUCGCUGCGCUCACACUAAAGAGAAGGGCAAACCACUGAUGCUCAACCCACGCACCAACAAGGGCAUGGCCUUCACCUUGAAGGAGAGACAGGUUCUGGGACUCCAUGGUCUGCUGCCCCCGAAGAUUGAGACUCAGGACCUGCAGGCCAUGCGCUUUCAGAAGAACCUGAGGAAGAUGUCUGACCCCCUGCAGAAGUAUAUCUAUCUGAUGGGGAUUCAGGAGCGUAAUGAGCGUUUGUUCUAUCGAGUGUUAAUGGAGGACAUUGAGGCCCUGAUGCCUAUCGUGUACACGCCCACUGUGGGACUCGCCUGCACGCAGUACGGACACAUCUUCCGCAGGCCCAAGGGCCUGUUUAUUUCCAUUAUGGAUCAGGGACACGUCCGUUCCAUCCUGGACAACUGGCCAGAAACUAAUGUGAAGGCCGUGGUGGUGACAGACGGUGAGAGGAUUCUGGGUCUGGGUGAUCUGGGUGUGUAUGGAAUGGGUAUACCUGUAGGGAAGCUGUGUUUGUACACGGCCUGUGCUGGAAUCAGACCAGAAAGUUGCCUGCCGGUGUGUAUCGACGUGGGAACAGAUAACAAGAAGUUGCUAAAGGACCCGUUCUACAUGGGGCUGUACCAGCAGCGUGAGCGCUCACAGCGGUACGAUGACCUGAUCGAUGAGUUCAUGGAGGCGGUGGUGGAUAAGUACGGUCAGGACACACUCAUACAGUUCGAAGACUUCGGCAACCACAACGCCUUCCGCUUCCUGAAAAAGUACAGACACCGAUACUGCACCUUCAACGAUGAUAUCCAGGGCACUGCAGCAGUAGCUUUGGCGGGUUUGUUGGCAGCACAGCGUGAGGUUGGGAAACCAAUCACUGAGCACACUGUUCUGUUUCUGGGAGCUGGAGAGGCGGCUCUGGGCAUCGCUAACCUGAUCGUCAUGGCAAUGAUGGAGGAGGGAGUGAGUCUCACGGACGCUCGCAAGAAGAUAUGGAUGUUUGACAAAGACGGCCUCCUCGUCCAGGGCAGAUCUCAGUCCACAGACAGUAAUCAGGAAGCGUUUGUUCACCUGAGUCCAGGAGAUGUAAAGAGUUUUCUGGAUGCUGUUAAUGUCAUCAAACCCACAGCUAUCAUCGGUGUGUCGGGGGCGGGGCGUCUAUUCACUCCCGACGUCAUCAGAGCAAUGGGCUCGUUAAACGAGCGGCCAAUCAUCUUUGCUCUCAGCAACCCGACUGCUAAAGCUGAGUGCAAUGCAGAGGACGCCUAUGGCCUCACACAGGGUCGGUGUCUGUUUGCCAGUGGCAGUCCGUUUGGUCCUGUAACUCUGGAUGACGGCAGAAUACUGAUUCCAGGACAGGGAAACAACGCUUACAUAUUCCCAGGUGUGGCUCUGGCUGUGAUCCUCAGUGGAGUCAGACACAUCAGUGAUACGGUGUUCCUUGAAGCUGCCAAGACCCUGGCAGAUCAGCUGACUGAUGAGGAGCUGAGUCAAGGUCGGCUUUAUCCUCCACUGUCCAACAUCAGAGAGGUGUCUGUGCAGAUGGCUGUCAAGGUGGUGGAGUACUUGUACAGUAAGGGCAUGGCAUUCCGGUACCCAGAGCCAGUGGAUAAGGAGGCGUAUGUGAGAUCAGUCGUGUGGAACACGCAGUACGACUCCUUCCUCCCCGACACCUAUGACUGGCCCGGUGUCUCCCACAGCCCCAUACUCGACUAAACCCCACACCUACAACUGGCCCGGUGUCUCCCACAGCCCCAUACUUGACUAAUCCCCACACCUACGACUGGCCCGGUGUCUCCCACCGCCCCAUACUCGACUAAUCCCCACACUCAUGUUGAUCCCUAGUACUGCAGUAACACUCCUCCUGAUAAUCUGAAUUCACAACCUCACUAUUGAAGGAAAACUCCAGCUGUGUGUGUGUAUUACAUUUAUAAAUAUUAAAGAUAAGCAUAAUCAAGAAAUAAUACACAUAUGCUCUACACACACACACACACACACACACUCCUGAUGCACGUAUACACACACACACUCCUGAUGCAGGCAUACACACACACACUCCUGAUGCACACAUUUCCUCGCACGUUUGUGUAACGCACAAAAUCCUCCAGUAAGCUUCAUCUGUGUGAAAGAAUAGCUGCUAUCAUUCACAACACUGGAGUCUAUCCUGGGAAAAUUGGGUGUGAGGCAGGAAAACACCCUGGAUGGAGAGCCAGUCCACACACUGGUGUGUUCUUGUGAAGAACGUGGGGAACCCACAUGGUGGAGAACAUGCGAAGCUCCACACAGACAGUAACCCGAGAUCAGGAUGGAACCCUGAAGCUGUAAGGAAGUGAUGAUACCUGCUGCUGAUACCACUCCGUCCCCUCCUGAAGGCAUCAUCACCACUCGGCUCGCUCCUGUAGUUGUGUGUGUGUCUGCAGCAGACUGAUAUUAUUUAAAAUAUGAAGUGAGUAAUGAGCACCAACACUCCGUGUGCUAAUGACUGCAGUUUUAGUUCAUUACAGCAUCCCUGACUUCUCAGUGUAGCACUGUGAGUGUGUAUCUCAACAUAAAAAGUUAUGUGAAUGAACAGAGCCAUGGACAAGAUGAUGAUUAUUAUUAUUAUUAAUAUUAUAAGAGCUUUGGUGUUUAGCUGCGACUGUACUGUACACUGAAUUUAUUCCAUUUCAGUUGGAAGUUGCUUUGGGUAAAAGUUUUUGCUUUAUGAAUAAAUGUAUAAAAUAUAA